AAAUAAAAUAAAAAUAGAAAGAAUUUGUGUUUUGUGUGAUCACAUUUAUAAUUGUGGAUAGGGUUUCUCGUUUUCUUUAUAUCUUCUCUCUCUCACCUUCUUUUUCUUUCUUCUUCAUCCAACAAAUUCUCAUUCCCUCUCUGUUUCUUCAAUAAUUUCUUCAAGAAUUUGAUCAUGGAGCUUGCUUUGAGCUUGGGCGACACUUCUAAGCCUUUCAAGUUUCUUGAAAAUAAUGCUAGUUCUUCUAAAUUACAGCCCAAGAAAGAUCUAGGGUUUUGCAUGGCCUUAGCUACUGGUUUUUCUUCUGAAUCUCAAGAUCAUGAUGAUGGCGACGAUGAGGAUGAUAUUAGUGAUCAGAGAAGAGCUUUGGUUAUUUCAGAUCGUCCUGUUCAGCUUGAUCUUCUACCGUUCUCCCCCGUUCAUCAACCAGCUCCUCGACAGAUUCGUUUUCCAUGGCUUUCGGAUAACAGUAUGUUGGUAUCUGAGCCGGGCUCAGCUGACGGAUUAGGCGGAAGAGCGUUUGAUGUGAACCGUUCAUCGGCGGAGGAAACAGAAGAAGGCGGAGCACUGUCGUCGCCGAACAGCGGUGCGUCGUCGUUUCAGAUGGAGUUUGGGAUUAUAAGAGGAAACAAAAGAGAUAGUGUUGAAGGCGAACGAGGCAGCGACGAUGAAGAAAACGGAUCGACUCGGAAGAAACUCAGACUCACUAAAGAACAAUCAGCUUUUCUUGAAGAAAGUUUCAAAGAACACAACACUCUCAAUCCUAAACAAAAGCUAGCAUUAGCCAAGCAAUUAAAUCUCCGUCCUCGCCAAGUUGAAGUAUGGUUUCAAAACAGAAGAGCAAGGACAAAAUUGAAGCAGACAGAAGUAGAUUGUGAGUAUUUAAAGAGAUGCUGCGAGACACUGACAGAAGAGAACAGAAGAUUACAAAAGGAAUUGCAAGAAUUAAGAGCUUUAAAAACUUCUCAACCUUUCUACAUGCAACUCCCUGCCACCACUCUCACCAUGUGUCCUUCCUGUGAGCGCGUCGCCACCACUACCACCACCGCCCCAGCCACCGCCACCGCCACUUCCUCCGCCUCCACCAAGAACAACGCCGCCACUAAUUCCGAUAAGCCUAAGUCCUACCCUUUUAGCAGCUCCUCCCAUGCUCGGGACUCGUUAUUAAAGGUGUAAUUAGUGAGAAAAAAAAAGUAUAGAAAAAGUAAUUAAAAGGCUGCUUUUCCUUCAUCCGUUUUUGUAAAUUUUUUUGAUUGGAGAAUUUAUUUUGUUGUUUAUUUUAAUUAUUUAUUAAUUAGGGUAAAAGAGAAUUUUAUGAGUGAUUGAUGUGUUCUUUUGACCGAUGAUGAUUAGGGAUGGUAGAAGAGAUUUUCUUAGAAAAAAAAUCUCAAUUUUUGUUUGCUACUACUACUAUUUCAUGUAAUUAUUUGAUUUUUAUAUUGAAUACGGUUUGGUGAAA